UGAAAGCAAACUAAGUUGGAAGCCUUUGUAAUGUUACUCUAAUUGUUUGAAACCUCAUGUUCAAAUCAUGAAAAGAAACAAAUGGCAUCCAAUGCCCAAUCCCAUUCCCCCUUCUAAAACACUACUUCUCUCCUGCUUCGACGCCACCGUACCUACACUUUCAAGCGGCUAUAAAUCCCCAAGUCCGUAUCCAUAUUCAACAAGUUUUUCAGAUUUUAUUGAAAUUGGUGUUCUUUCAUCGCUUAGAUUGGUUGAUUCGAUAUCUUUAUUUUUGGAGGGUUGAGAAAUCUGUCCCACUUUUGGCAAUUUCCCCUGUUUGUGCCACUCCACCGUCUAAUCCCGCAGAGCCUUACCUCCGCCGUUCGUUUCCUCCUCAACGCCGAAUCAGGUGUGAAGCUCUGAGUAUUUUCUAUACGUGUCAGCAUGGCACAUGCAAGAAGAAAACAAGAAAAGAGAAAUAUAGGAAGGAAAGAUUACAGAAAGGAGUGGGAGAAGAAAGAUCAAUGACAGAAAUAAUUGAAGUGGUUUUUCAAGCAAUGCGACUAAUUCUUAGUAUUCUUUGCUGACUCUUUUUCCAACUGCAAAUUCAAAGCAUUCUAAUGUCUAUUUUAAAACUACCAAUUACUGACAUUAUGCCUGUGAAGUUUACACCAUUUCUUUCCAGGUCCAAUUUCCUUGCUUCUCCUCACCAGGACCCCAUCAAGCUGUUGAAGGUAGCUGCAGAUGCCAAGAACUUAAAAUUUGGUAGAACAAUCCAUGCCCAUCUGACCAUCACCAAUCACAACUAUAGAGACUCCAAAGUAAACCAACUGAAUUCCCUUAUUAAUUUGUACGUGAAAUGUGAUGAAGUAUCGAUUGCUCGGAAAUUGUUCGAUAGUAUGCCUAGAAGAAAUGUUGUGUCCUGGAGUGCUUUAAUGGCUGGGUACAUGCAAAAUGGUAAUCCCUUGGAAGUUUUCGAGUUGUUCAAAAAGAUGGUCGUGAAGGAUAAUAUCUUCCCCAAUGAAUAUGUGAUUGCUACUGCUAUAUCUUCUUGUGAUAGUCAAAUGUAUGUAGAAGGGAAACAAUGUCAUGGGUAUGCAUUAAAGUCUGGAUUGGAGUUUCAUCAAUAUGUUAAGAAUGCACUUAUUCAGUUGUACUCUAAAUGUUCAGAUGUAGGAGCAGCAAUCCAGAUAUUAUAUACUGUCCCAGGUAAUGACAUAUUUUGUUAUAAUUUGGUAGUGAAUGGGCUUCUACAGCACACACAUAUGGCAGAAGCUGUAGACGUUCUGAAGUUAAUAAUUAGUGAAGGCAUAGAAUGGAAUAAUGCCACUUAUGUUACAAUUUUCCGCCUUUGUGCUAGUCUUAAAGAUAUAACAUUAGGUAAGCAAGUUCACGCUCAAAUGUUGAAAAGUGAUAUUGACUGUGAUGUCUAUAUUGGAAGUUCUAUCAUUGAUAUGUACGGGAAGUGUGGUAAUGUGUUGAGUGGAAGAACCUUUUUUGAUCGGUUACAAAGCCGAAACGUUGUUUCUUGGACAUCGAUCAUAGCAGCUUAUUUUCAGAAUGAAUUCUUUGAAGAAGCAUUGAAUCUGUUUUCAAAGAUGGAAAUUGAUUGUAUUCCUCCCAAUGAAUAUACAAUGGCGGUGUUGUUCAACUCUGCGGCAGGUUUGUCUGCACUAUGCCUUGGGGAUCAGUUACAUGCACGUGCUGAGAAAUCAGGUCUCAAAGGCAAUGUUAUGGUAGGUAAUGCCUUGAUCAUUAUGUAUUUUAAGAGUGGGGACAUUUUAGCAGCACAAAGUGUGUUUUCAAACAUGACGUGUUGUAAUAUCAUUACCUGGAAUGCAAUAAUAACUGGCCACUCACACCAUGGUCUGGGCAAGGAAGCGUUAAGCAUGUUCCAGGACAUGAUGGCUACUGGAGAACGCCCUAAUUAUGUAACUUUUAUUGGUGUAAUAUUAGCUUGUGCCCAUUUAAAACUGGUGGAUGAAGGAUUCUACUAUUUUAAUCAUUUGAUGAAACAGUUCAGAAUUGUUCCUGGAUUGGAGCACUAUACCUGUAUUGUUGGACUUUUAAGUAGAUCUGGACGACUGGAUGAAGCCGAGAAUUUUAUGCGGUCACAUCAAAUAAAUUGGGAUGUUGUUUCCUGGCGCACCCUUCUCAACGCUUGUUAUGUUCAUAAACAUUAUGAUAAAGGGAGGAAAAUAGCAGAGUACUUGCUACAGUUGGAGCCUAGGGAUGUUGGAACUUAUAUUCUAUUGUCAAACAUGCAUGCGAGAGUUAGGAGGUGGGAUCAUGUUGUUGAGAUUCGAAAAUUGAUGAGGGAAAGAAAUGUCAAGAAGGAACCUGGAGUAAGUUGGUUAGAAAUAAGAAAUGUUGCCCAUGUUUUUACAUCUGAGGAUAUUAAACACCCUGAGGCCAAUCUGAUUUAUGAAAAUGUAAAGGAUUUAUUAUCUAAGAUUCGACCUUUGGGGUAUGUUCCUGAUAUUGAUAAUGUAUUGCAUGAUAUUGAGGACGAGCAGAAGGUCGACAAUCUUAGCUAUCACAGUGAGAAGCUUGCUGUAGCAUAUGGCCUAAUGAAGACACCAUCUGGCGCACCAAUCACAGUGAUUAAAAACCUUAGGAUGUGUGAUGAUUGUCACACUGCUAUCAAACUUAUUUCCAAAGUUGCUAAUAGGGUUAUAGUUGUUAGAGAUGCCAAUCGCUUCCAUCAUUUUCAAAAUGGUUGUUGUUCGUGUGGAGAUUAUUGGUGACAAUUUGGAUGAGCUUCUCAAGAGCAUGAAUGUUUUGAUGAUAAAAAUUUCCACCUGUGUGGUAGGAAAGGUAAUGCCAUGCUCUUUUAUUUAGGUCUGGUAGCAGGCAUGCAGUAAACAACUGCAUUCUCACAUGUUGGGUAUUUGAGUUAUUAUUGAAAUUUACUUGAUCACUACUAUUGGAACUAGCUAAAGAAAAUCUAAAUCCUAUUCCUGAUGGCAUCUUAUUUGGGUGCUAAAUUCUCCAGUAUCAAGGAUUUUUGGACUAAAAAAUACAAGUACAAGCAAUUGAUUUGCAAGUUUACAAGUUAGUAUUUUACUUGUACCUUUGACAGUCGUCAUUUUGAUCUUCAUUAGAUUUAUUGAAUGCUAGCCCCUAGAUUGUAUGUCAACCUUGAAACCAGAUUGAAACUUCUACUAACGAGUUGGUUAAGUAUCAGAGUUUCCAACUAGAGAUUCACGAUCACUCGAUCAGAGCCAGUAUCAUUCAUCUGCUGAUUUUUGCUUUGCACUUACGUUGUAGAAGGCAACUUUUUGCUAUAUUGGAAUUCAUAUUUUGGAAUGAAAUGGAAGGGCAAAAACUAAAAGAGUAAGGGACCUACAUACGAGGCAGAGCUAGUGUCGUUUGAGAUUAAUAUUCAAAUAGCCUUUCUUGAAAGAACUUCUGUUGCUUUGUGCUAGAUGAAGUCAUCUGCAACUCUCGCCAUAACUUUUUAUGUGAAAAGCACAACUCAUUCAUUAAUUUCUCCAAUCUCUUUAUUCCCUGUCUAUUUCCCCAUUCUUCAAAGGCGGAGACAUCGUUGAUGGUAUUGAACACUAUGGAGCUUUUAGAGCAAUCGGCAGAGGCUUAUAACUUUGUAAUACUCCAUCUCUAAGAGCUAUCUUCUCUCUCCGUUCUGAAAAUAGGGAUUUGUAAUGAGAAAUGAAAGCCGUGUGCUGAAAUGAAGUGAUUUACCGCCAAGAUUGUUGAUGUAUUAAAGCAGGAGAAAUUAUAUGCAUCCCAAGGCGGAUCAAUUAUUUUAUCUCAGGUGAAUUUUAUGUAUUUUGUUCAAUUUUUCCUUUUCCCCCUUUUCAUUUCAACAGAAAUAGAAGUAUGUUUGUAUUCCAAUUUCCUUUACCUUCAUUGGUGGAGCCUCGCCAUAAAGACCCGUUGAAGAUCUUGCAUUUUCUGUGGCACGCUUUUACCAGACCGGUGGAAGUUUACAGAAUUUCUACGUGUACUAUGGGGAACAAACUUUGGCAGGACUUCUGGUGGACCGUUUAUUGCUACUAGUUAUGAUUAUGAUGCCCCUAUUGAUGAGUAUGAAGAUGGACAUGUCAGCUUCGAUGGAGUUCGCAUAAAUUAAGAUAUUCAAGCUAAUUGGGAAAUUAAUGUAUUCAAGCUUCAGGAGUUCAAUGGACUUUGUAGGUGCUAAAAGCGGCGAGUUCAAGGUGUGCUACAUUAAUCUUGUGGAGGUGGGAGCACAGUGAGAAAGAUCUUGCAAGGAUUACUUUAUAUGGGAUCGAUAGGUGUGUAAAUUUUGGAAUUGUUCAUGUGGGGGAGGGGGCCUUGGUUUUAGUAUUGACAAUGUGUUUAUACGGGGGUUGAUAGUUAGACAUACUUUUGAAAUUGUUCAUAUGAGGUUGUUAGAAUUGUUCAUUAUAUUUUUUGUUCAUAUGGGGAUGCUUGUAUUAUUCACAAGCUUGUAAGUUGUAUAUUGACAAUGUUGAAUAAGUGAACUCUUUCGAAAAGUAUUGGUGAAAGUUUGGUUAAAAAUUUA